AUCAUACAGACUGUUUUCAACCAAUCAGAUUCAUUGACCACAAUCAUGAUCUUGAUUGUGGCGUCCAUAAAAAAAAAUUGUUUAUGGACGAGAGGGAGUUCGAGUUGAUCUGCUCGCUGGACGCGUUCCCUGAUGCCACGGGGCCGCAACUCUCCGUGUCGGAGGAAACGUUCUCGGUCAUCAAGCGUCAGCUGCUCCAUCACCAAUACCGCUCCGAGUUGCGCCUCCACCGACAGGAAAAGACGUUGAAAAAUUAUGUAGCACGGUAUAGCGCAGGUGAAUCCAUGCGUCAAAUCGCCAAGUCCGUGAGUUUCUCACCGUGUAUGAUGGCGCGCGUGCUGCUGGAUGCCAAGUACGGAUGGAGUAAGACCACGAUCUCCAACUUGUUUAAAGAAGCCAUGAAGGACGAGAGCGAACUGGAGGCGGAUGCGCCUAAUCAUCGAGGUCUCUCAGAGGACGAGUACUCUCGAGUCGUUCGAGAGAUCCGUGAAUGUAUUAGCAAGGACGAGAUCGGCUCGCCGCUGGCUGACCGUAUUCGCCACAAUAUGGGCGUCGAGUACGAGUAUUUGCUGCUGGAGACGUUGCGUAACCGGCAAUUGGUAUUUGAGAGCGAAGAUAUGCUUCGUGAAAAGGGGUUAUCCAAGACACCCGAUGUGAGGCUAUUGUUACCGAUCGGAGUCAAGAGCUCGAAGACCGGGAAACUGCAUGUAGUUAACUGGAUCGACAGCAAGGCCAUGUUCGGAGACAGACACACACAUGAGACGGAGAAUGCCAGUCAGGUGAGUAAAGAACUGCUGAUAUUGGCUUUGUUGCGAGUAGAUGUCUGAAUGUUUGUAUGUGGUAACGCAGCUACAAGGAUAUGUGAAUCGAUAUGGGCCCGGAAUGGUGAUUUAUUGGUUCGGCCACGUCGCAGAGCUCAGCUCCGACAGCGAUAUCCUCAUCACCGACACAUUUCCGCAGGAAAUUUCUCUUCCAGGAGCGUUUAACCCACUUGCAUCCGUCACGAAGGUGCAAGAGGGUACGGAAGUGAAGUUGCAACCCGCCAAGAUCCAAACGAACUUCGAUGACGACUGGAUUCCCGUCACAAUUUGUGAAUUGUAAGAAUUGCAACAAGAGGAAGGCUGCAUGUUUGUUUCUGUGAUAUACUUGUAAUUUAGAGGGAUAUUUACUCAGUCCAACAUGUGCGGGCUACUUGCACAAACUUAUCUGCACCUAUACAUGAAUACUGUCUAGCAAUCUCUUGCAUUGCUAAGCAAAAAUGCUUCCAGCAUCGCUGGUACGAGCUUCUGCGCCUCGCAUUUGCGCUUUCCAAGCGUGGGUGCUCGACGUUGUCCCAUU